CAAUGUAAGGCUGGCUGAGAUAGGUGAAUAGUUUUGACCCAACCACCUUCCCGUAGCUCGCUGACAUCAAAGUCACAUGACUUGGUGGAAAAGUAGCCAGUGGGAGCCCAAGAAGGUGACAGUGUGGGAGAGUCAGCGGGGAGUCGGGGAGGAUCGCUGUAAAUGUGAUGACAAGAGAACAUAGAAUGAGGGGCAUUGUAACUGGCCAGUGAGGGAAGACCACUAGAAGAGCAUGCACACACACUAAGGGGCUGUGGAGCUACACUACUGAUUGCUGUGUGAAGGUUCACAGAUGGGUCAAGGGCUUUGGAGAGUCGCAAGAAACCACCAGUUUCAGCAAGGAUAUAUAGAUCAGAGCUACCUGUCUACUGAUAAUGACAACAAUAUAAGCAAUGGAAGACAUGCCCAGGGUGGCAUAGAUCUCUACCAUCUGCUGAAAGCUAGAAGAGCAAAGGAUGAACAAGGAUUCAUUAAUCUUGACAUGCUGCCACCAGAGUUAAGCCUUACUAUUUUAUCCUAUCUUAAUGCCACUGACCUGUGUUUGGCAUCAUGCGUAUGGCAAAACCUGGCUAAUGACGAAUUGCUUUGGCAAGGAUUAUGCAAGUCCACUUGGGGACAUUGUUCUAUAUACAAUAAAAGACACCCGCCAGGAUUUUCUUACCGCAAUCUUUACAUGCGACUGGAUGAAGGAAGCCUAACCUUUAAUGCUAAUCCACAUGAGGGCAUUGAGUAUUUUUUAUCUAGAGGUAUCCUAGAUGAUUCACCAAAAGAAAUAGCAAGAUAUAUAUUUUAUACCAGAACACUUAACUGGAAGAAACUGAGGAUAUAUCUUGAUGAAAGGCGGGAUGUAUUGGAUGAUUUAGUUACUCUGCACAACUUCAGCAAUCAGUUUCUACCAAAUGCACUGAGAGACUUUUUUCGACAUAUACAUGCACCAGAGGAACGUGGGGAAUACUUGGAAACACUCAUCACUAAGUUUUCUCACCGAUUUUGUGCUUGCAAUUCCUCUCUAGCGCGAGACGUUGGCCUUAGCCCUGAUGCAGUGUAUGUCCUGUGCUAUUCUUUGAUUCUGCUUUCCAUCGACCUCGCCAGUCCUCAUGUGAAGAACAAAAUGUCAAAGAGAGAAUUUAUCAGAAACACGCGGCGUGCUGCUCAGAAUAUUAGUGAAGAAUUUGUAGGGCAUCUCUAUGACAACAUUUACCUAGUUGGCCAUGUUGCUGUCUAGAUGCACAAUCUAUAGAGUCUAAAACCUAAGUAUAGUCCUACUUCUGCUCCCAAUGCUGCGACCCAGAUGGCAUAUAUGGGGGUUAUGUUAGUGCUGGUCAUUCUAACCUCUGGCUGCAAUCUCAUUUAUAUGUUCUAUCCUUUCUUACCAAUGAAUAUGAUUGCAGAAUUAUUUUUUAUUAAUAGUUUUGCUUAUCAUGUACUGCACAUACCCGUGCCAUUAGACUGACUUAGCCACUUACGACUGUUAAACUGACAUUACAAUGUAGGCCUUCUUCAGGGUGUUGGAUCUAAAAACACUAGAUUUUGUUUUUGAAAGCAUUUACCAAUGCAUUGUUUUUCUUUUUUAAUAUCUUGUAAUUUGUACAUAAACUAAAGAGAUUUAUAAUCAUAAUAUAAAAUAUUAAAUAUGUAAAGUAUUUUAAUUUAA